UCCGUCUGUCUGUCUGUGUGUCCUACCAGGAUGAUUUCUUUGGCAUUUCUAAUUUGGUCGUUAUUUGCCGGAGUUGUCGCCGUGUUGUUUUACCAGAGGCUGUUUUACCCGUUCUUCUGGGAGGAUUUGAUGUAUUACUUAAAGGUCCAAAAGGUCGGGAAGGCGAUGAUGGCGAGGAUGAAGCGCGGGGUUCUCACCUAUCUGGACUGCUUCGUAGACCAGGCGAACCGCAACCCCGAGAAGCCGUUCAUCGUUUUCGAGAAUGAGGUUCUGACAUACAGGGAUGUGCGUGUAAGAAGCAACAAGUUUGCGAAUGCUUUCCGGAGCGAGGUCGGGGUGAAACACGGUGACAUCGUCGCGCUGUGGAUGAGCAACGAGCCCGACUUCGUGUGCGCCUGGUUCGGGCUGAGUACACUGGGCUGCGAGGUGGCUUUCCUCAACUCCAACCUCAAAUCCAGAUCCCUCCAGCACUGUCUGCAAAGCUGUGGAGCCAAAGUUCUCAUCGUGGGAUCUGAUUUAAUUCCAUUUAUGGACGAUGUCCUGCCAGCUCUUUUGGAUAAUGACAUUAAUGUGUGGGUAAAUGAAAAGAGCUGCUCAAGUCAGAGCGUCAACUCGCUGCUGGACAAAGUCGAGCUGGCUUCAGGGGAAAAGCCACAACUCGACUUUUCACUGCCAAAUCUCACGUCUAACUUCCUGUUCAUCUUCACCUCAGGCACCACAGGACUUCCAAAAGCUGCUCGGGUCAGUCACAUCAAGGCUGUAAUGAGCAUGGCGUUCUUCCGCUUGUGCGGUGUCAAUCAAAACGAUACCAUCUAUCUCACCUUGCCACUCUACCAUAUGGCCGCCUCUCUGCUGGGUAUUGGAGGAUGCAUCGAACUAGGAGCCACAUGUGUCCUAAAGAAGAAAUUUUCCACAAGCCAGUUCUGGAAGGACUGCAUCAAGUACGAGGUUACGGUGUUCCAGUAUAUUGGAGAGCUCUGUCGAUACUUAAUCAAUCAACCCAAGACUCCAGAAGAGAUUGGCAGUAAAGUGCGUAUUGCUGCAGGGAGUGGCCUUAGAGCAGACGUCUGGAAGGAGUUUUCUAGGCGCUUUGGGAAAAUCCGGAUUUGCGAGGCUUACGGUUUGACCGAGGCCAGCAUUGGCUUUGUUAACUACACCUCUGAAGUCGGACCCAUCGGGCGAGCCAGUUAUUUCAACAAGCGUAGUCUACCAUUUCAACUAUUAAAAUGUGACCCUGAAACAUAUGAACCCAUCCGAACAGAAAAGGGGUGCUGUUUGAAAGUGAAUAAAGGUGAAGUCGGCUUGCUGGUGGCUCCCUUGUCUUUCACCAACCCUUUUCUUGGCUAUGCGGGGAACAAAACCAUGUCUGAAAAGAAGCUGCUGAGAGAUGUGUUUAAAGAGGGAGAUGUAUAUUUCAACACGGGAGAUUUGAUGGUCCAGGAUCACAGAGAUUUUGUCUACUUCAAAGACAGGAUUGGAGACACAUUCAGAUGGAAAGGAGAGAAUGUGGCCACCACUGAGGUUUCUGAAGUGUUAGGCUGUUUGGAAUUCCUGCAGGAUGUAAACGUCUACGGCGUCACUGUGCCAGGCUACGAGGGACGAGCAGGGAUGGCAGCUGUUGUCUUAAAGGAAGGCCAUGACUUGGAUGGAGAGAGCCUUUACAAACAUUUGGUACAGAACCUUCCAGCAUAUGCCUGGCCAUGGUUUUUAAGAGUCCAGGCUUUCUUGGACGUGACGGAGACCUUUAAGCAGCAAAAGAAAAAGCUAGUGGAUGACGGCUUCUGUCCUAAGGCUGUCCAAGCUCCACUCUACUUCCUGGAUAACUCCAAGAAAACAUACAUUCCCCUCUCUCAGAGUGUGUACGAUGACAUUGUCUCAGGCAAAAUACGACUCUGAGCUUGUCCUUUACUGACAAAGUGUUGGAUUGAUCCACAGUGCAGCACAUUCGUGAUUGUGUUAUUGUUUUUGCAGGGAUUAAUGUUCAGGGUUUGUGUGUUUUUAAAAAAUAUAUACAGUAUAUUUCAACUUGGACCUUGGAAGAAAACACUGGAUAUUUCUCAAAAGCAUUGCCACUUUUUUAAAAAGUACUAUUGCAUUUCGGGUUAAAUGUUGGAAUGUUUUACAUGUGCAAGCCCAUAUGAAGUAAGUUCUGCACCAUGUCUUGCUUGUUUCCGCCUGUUGACAUUUUCAACAAACAAAAAAAUCUAAGAUUCUAUUGAUAUGUUUAAACACUGCCAGUGUGCAGGUGGUUUUUGGAGAGAAAAGUUGGAACUUUCUGUGUGUGAAUAUUUGUACUUUUUUUUCUUUGGAUUUUAACAGGAAAUUUUUUUUUUUUUUUUACUUUUGUCAAGAAUUACCUUUCUUGCUUUAUUUUAUGUUAGCAUAAUUUAACCAUGUUUAACCACACAGCUAAUGAUAUUUUACAUUGCUAACUAUGUAAGUACUGUACAUGAUAUGCUGGAGUUUUAACUAACUUUAUUACUAUAGGAUUUAUAUAGUACUGUAUAUGUAAUGCCAUGUAAGGUCUUUCGUUAGAAUGAUGUGUUUUUGUUUUUGG